UCUCCUUGUCUCUCCUUCUCUCGAUCAGCAAAUCUAUUUACAGACGCCCCGCCGAUCUGCACCGGCAGAUUAAAUUGCGGGUCGAUUAUGGUUUAUCCAGCUGAGGAGGAGCACCAGCCGCGCCGCAGCCACCACCUGGAAGGCAUCCGUCAGCCUACAGGCGAUCCUUUUCCUGUCAGGAGGUGUGCAGAGGGGUGCUUCGCGUCGCCUGCCAUUUGGUCCGCGCGGCACGGAGAGGAGGCCGCGAUGCGGAGCGUGCACGACUUUUUCGUCCCAGCGGCCCGCACGAUAAUUCGGCUGCGCGCAGGCGCACUAGUUUAGCUGCGCAGGCGCAGCAGUCGCCCCCGCCCGGGCAGGCAAGUGCCUCAGAUGAGGAAGAGGAUCUCGUGCCUCUCGGUGUCCCUCGUGGUGCCCACUUUUUGUUCGCCGCGGCCGCGGGGGGCGGGAGGCCCUGGCGCUCCGCGCCGAGGAUCCGAUGACGCCCCACGCGCCGUCCACUGCGAGGGCGCGCGCAGGGCGGGGCGAAGCCUGGCAGGGGGCGGAGGAACAGGCUUGGUCCAGACCUCCGGGUCCCACGCAAUUGGGAAGAUUGGAGCGACCAGAUAAGGCAUUGCGGCGGGCCGCCCGCUCACAGGAGCGUGCCGAGCGCACCUCUGGCCCGGCCACGUUCCACGAGUGGGCCGCCACUGCGGCAGCACCGACGGGCGAGCAGAGCGAGCACGCUGCACGAUACCCACCGCAGUAGUGGAUUGGAGCGAGGGGGUGCUCCGUCUCUGAACUUGCAAGGAGAUGCCAGUCGCCGUCGGCAGCUCUUCGCUCUCCUCCUCUCCCCACGGGGAGCUUCCUCUGCCCCGCUCACGGCUCUCCUGGGCCACCCCUGCGCACUUGGAACCCUUCACUCCCACGUUCGCCGUGCACUGUGCAGUAAUCGCUCAAGUAGCGGCAGCACGCAUGACCUGAAUCAGCCUGCCGAUUUUCAGUCCACUUCAGUUGGGAGUGCGACGAGCGAAUUUUUCUCAGCGCAUCAAAUGUGCCCGCUUGUGUUUUGAUCAGUUUCUCGCCUUCAGUUCAUUAGGGCGACGUUUGAGAUGCUAGUCCCGCUUACAGUAGGCAGUCGCGGGUGCAACUUUCUGAACCACGGUGGUGUCCAGAUGCGGUCUCAUGGGUGAUAGGCUCAGCCGCAUCUCACGGCAUCACCGACCUGCCCAUUGGCGCAACCAAACACUGCCACAGUGUACGUGUUUUCUUGCGCUGGUGUGUUCUUGCUGCUUCAGAGGGUGACAAACAACA